AUGAUAUUAAUGCGACGUUUACUAUUAAUGCAAUGUUUAAUAUUAAUGCGACGUUUAAUAUUCAUGCGACGUUUAAAAUUAAUUCGACGUUUAUUCUCAACUAUGUUUCUCUGUAUAUAUUUUUAUUUCAUCUUUCUCCAUGGUGAAUAUCCCGAUAAUCAAUCUUAUUAUUCUUUGAGAACUAUGAAUUCUGAUGAGUAUUGUCAUUUUAAACCAUCAACUGAUAAAUUUAUUCUUAAAUAUAAACCAUAUUCGUUGACUGCGAAUCGACCCAAUGUGAAGCGUGUCAAACCCACAAUCGAACGAAUACGUAAUCUCUUAGAAAUAAUUCGUUCAAAAGAGGAUACAUAUCAACCACUACUACAAAACUUUGACGUAUUCAAUAUGAUAAAUCCGGAUAUAUCAUUAAAAGCAUAUACCGGUGAAAGUAAUAUCGUUGAAAUAAAAACAUUAUAUAAUCGUUAUAUUAAAUUAAUGCCAGAUAAUAAAACAGUACAUGUUGAUCACACAAUUAUAGAUUAUUUAAAACAAAUAUCAACUUAUUUAUCAGAUGGAUUAGAAAAUAAUAGAACAAAUAGAUUUCAAGUUGGGUGCCUUCGUAGACCAGUAUUUGUUCUUGCUUGUGAUCAAAGUUUUUUCAAUAGGCUUCAAGGUGCUAUUCAUACACUCGAUACUUAUUGGCCUGAUCACAAGAUUGCCUUCUACAACUUGGGUAUCACUAGUGAUCAAGAAGAAUUGUUGAGAGAAAAAUGUAAACGAUGUACAAUUAUCAAAUUUCCAUUUUCAGACAUUGAAAAGUAUGCAUUAUAUGUCGGUACAUUGAGAUUUUAUUCAUUUAAACCAUUUGUUAUUCAGGAUGCACUGCGUCGUUAUGGCACGAUCAUCUAUAGCGAUUCAUCAAUUCGCUUCAAAUCAAAUUCAUUUAGUCCAAUUCUAAUUGAUAAUUAUAUUCGCGGUUUUGCUGUACGUGAAUUACCCAGUCGCUCUCUACCAUGUUAUACGCGAACUGGUACAUUUGAUUGGUUCAAUCAAUCCUACAGUCAAUAUGAUGAUAUUACGAUGGCUGAAACAGAUCUUUUAGUUGUUACUGAUACAUUUUUAACACGCCUAAUAAUGAAAGCAUGGCUCACUUGUGCACUGGAAUCCGAAUGUAUAAUGGCACUUGGAUCAAAAUCGAAAUGUAGAGGAUCUUCUUCUGGACGACAUCGUUAUGAUCAAGGCGCGAUGGUUAUCAUUUUAACACAUUUUUUCUUUCCAGGUACUAUAUCAACUAGAAGUUCGCAAAGAGUCAGUCAUCCAGCUCCAUAUAAUAUGUUUACAAGUUCGCAAGUGAAUUUAGGUGAUACUAAACGUGAAUACCAAGAUCUAAACUAUUGA